GAGGUUCCAUCUCCGAAGAUCUGAGCCGUUCCGAAAUUUCAAUCGGUGCAAUGUAACUCUUUUUUUGCAGAAAGUUCGAGGAGGAAAGAAGAGGAAGAAAGAUGAACUGGUGCAAAAGUUCAGCUAAAAAGAGGCCUAUUGUUCGAUGUUGUAUAUGCAUGUAUAUUUUAGAUGCGGAAAUAUUUUCGUGAUUUGACAAAGAGGCAAUAAAAUCGUCGCCUACUACAAGUGUACAAGAGGGAACAGAAACAGACAACAAUGGCAUAUUCUCCGAAGAUUAUUGUAGCUAGCAAUCGUAUUAAUGUACAAUUGGUCUCCAAUUUUCACCAGUCUACUGCUACUGCUGAUAAUUUAAACAGUAAUGAUGAUCAUGGAUUCAGUGAUGAUGUUUCAAUGUCCCAUGUCCAAGAAAACUCUGAAAAUGAGCACAGAGGAAACUUUCCCAAAGAUACGUAUAAAAAUCAAGAACUUUCGACUUGGUUAUGUUCGUGGAAAUUGAAACAUAACAUUUCACAUGAUGCUAUAUCUGAACUUUUGAACCAAUUGCGCAUGUGUGGACAUGCCGAUUUACCGAAGGAUGCAAGAACGUUAGGAACACUUAUGUUUAAUCCUGUUGAAAUUUCUGCCAGCGGAGGAGACAUGAACGCGCACCAGAACACGUUCUGGUAUUGCAACUACACCGAUAAAGUCGGCCCGAUUCUAUGCAACGAAAUUGACAGAAGCAACUUGAUAAUCUUAAACAAGGACGCUCCCACGCUUAUGCAACCGCCGAACCUGAUCUUGGCCUCUCCAAAUCUGGCGCUGAUUCCUGACUCACAAACUGAUUCGGACCCACAAGGCAGCAACCAUUUUCCAGUCUGUACUACGAUCGGAGGAAACAUGAACACGCACCCCACGUUCUGGUAUUGUGAUUACACGAAUAAAGCUGGGCAGAUUCUAUGCAGCGAAAUUGACAGAAGCAACUUGGUAAUCUUAAACAAGGACGCUCCCACACUAAUGCAACCGCCGGAUCUGGUCUUGGCCUCUCCAAAUCUGGCACUAAUCGCUGACUCACAAACUGAUUCGAAUCCGCAGAGCAGCAGCGACCAUUUUCCAGUCUGUACUACGAUCGAAGAUGACGGUAACAUUCAACCCAGAAAUUUGGACGACAAGUCCGAGCAGGUGGUGGCCGACAAGUCCAAGCAAGUAAUGGCUAACAAGUCCGAGCAGAGGAUGACCGACAAAUCCGAGCAGAUGGUGACCGACAAGUCCAAGCAGGUAGUGGCCGACAAGUCCGAGCAAGUGGUGGCCGACAAGUCCAAGCAAAUGGUGACCGACAAGUCCGAGCAAGUGGUGGCCGACAAGUCCGAGCAGAUGGUGAUCGACAAGUCCGAACAAGUAAUGACCGACGAAUCCGAGCAUGUGAUGACCGACGAGUCCGAGCAGAUGGUGGCCGACAAUUAUAGUCACGAUGAAGAUGCUCAAAGUAGCGCCUGGACUGAUAAAAUUCGUCUGAGGGAGCAUCUUAUCGCAGAAAUUCGAAAGAGACCUCCUCUUUGGAAUUUCAAACUUCCAUUAGCAAAGCGCAGAAUUCAUAGGAGAGAGAGACUAUGGGAAGAAGUUUCCAUAAAACUUAAUAGAGAAGGAUCAACUAAGAAGCUCAAGAAGAUGUGGAGGUCUCUUUGUGACUCCUUCAGAGUACAUCAUUAUAGAAAGAAGAUGUUGCCGAGUAAAUCUACGAUCUGUAAUCCGUGGGUUCAUUAUGAGAGCAUGAAAUUUAUUUCAGAUGUUCAAUUACAAAGCUUUACGAUAACGAACCCAUCGGACAUUAAAGCAACGGAUAGGACAGUGAACGAUGACAACAAUUCAACCGAUAGAUGUGCCAGAAACAGAGCUACGAAGAAUCCAGAACGAAGAUGCACGAAACGAAAUUAUACAUAAUCUAUUCAAACUUUUCGACACUAAACACGAACUUGCGAAUAAAUUCAAACAUAACUAAUUUUAUGAAUAAUCCAGUAAUCACAGAAUAAUAAUUGUAUUGCAGCAUUAUUAUAUUGUAACAUUCCUGCUAUAUUGUAAAAAUAUUACAAUAAAUGUUGCUAUAAU